GAGGUGGGCAGUACUGAGGGAUCGGGUUCAUACAAUGCUACUGAGACAACUAGGCACAGCUUAGCACACUGAUACAGCAUACCGUCAGCCCUGCUGUAAGUGAUGCCGCACUAAGGAACACUUUCACCCAAACUCCGUUGGGGGACAGAACACUACCCAGGCUACAGUUCAUUUAUGUGUUCUUUUUUGUUGUUGCUGUAUAAUAACAUUUACAAAAAUGAAAACAGUGCUGUCAGAACUGAAGUUUUCAGACAUCGUACCAAACUGUUUCAUUUUUUGCGCGCUCUUGGAUGGAAGUUUUUGCGCUUGUAAAAAGCUUUAACACAUGCUCAGUGAAACGGUCUUUCAUACAAGCGGUUUUCACCAUUUAAUAUCAGGAGAAAACAUUAUUAUUAUUUUUUUAACACACACGUAGGGCCAGGGCUAUUUCAUGUGAAUCAAUCAACUUGGACCAUCAGCAUCUCUCCUGCCGCCCGUAAUUGAACCCACGCUUAACUCAAGAUAUCUGAAGAGGAAUUACGUCGCGCUCUUCGUGCUACAAAGUUAUUCUGCAAGCAAUGCUUGUUUUGCCUUUCGAAUGUGGACCAUAGACUUUUUUAGGACAUGGAUCAUUUUCUGUAGCGGAUAACCCUAUUGAUUUGCGUUUUAUUUGAUUCCAGCUACCCGAAGAGGAUAUUUUUCUCUCCCCUAUUCCACUUCAGUGUAAUUAUAUGGCACUUCUUCUAAAGCAGUGAUGUCGCUACGUGACGGGAAUUGCGAUUGAUUUUACAUAUUCUGUUUCAAGGGAUAUAAGAGUUGCAUCCUUACAAGGAAAGCUCCCAUCCUCUAUGAUUAUGGACUUAGCAGGUCAGGCUCAUGUGUUGGUGGUGUUGCUCACCUGCCUGGUCAUGCUGUCCUUGGCCCAAGAGAAGGACUACACGGUGAGGGAGGAGCAGCCCGAGAAUGUCCGCAUCGGGAACCUGCGGAAGGACUUGGACCUGAACCUUGACCCUGACUUAAAGCUGUCCUCGCCACUGCAGUUUAAGCCUGUCUACAAAACGGGCGAUGUGCCUUUGGUGAGGGUAGAGGCCAACACUGGGGAGAUCUUCACCACGGCUCACCGCAUCGACCGCGAGAAGCUCUGCUCGAGAGUAUUCAACGAGAAGCGCUGCUUCUACGAGAUCGAGGUCGCCGUUCUGCCUGACGAGAUCUUCCGUCUGGUCAAGAUCCGGUUCCUGAUUGAGGACAUCAAUGACAACGCUCCACUCUUCCAGUCCACCGUUAUAAACAUAUCCAUCCCAGAGAAUACAGCCAUCAACACCCGGUACCCCGUGCCCUCUGCAUUUGACCCAGAUGUGGGGAUCAAUGGGAUCCAACACUAUGAACUUGUCAAGAGUGUGAGUGAGUUUGGCCUGGACAUCAUCGAGACCCCAGAGGGAGACAGAUGGCCUCAGCUGAUUGUCCAGCAGAGCCUGGACCGCGAGCAGAAGGACACCUUCGUCAUGAAGAUCAAGGUGGAGGACGGAGGAACGCCACCCAAGUCCAGCACGGCCAUCCUCCAGGUCACCAUCUCCGACGUCAAUGACAAUCGACCGGUCUUCAAGGACAGUGAGGUGGAGGUGACCAUCCCCGAGAAUGCCCCCAUAGGAACCUCCGUCACCCAGCUCCACGCCACAGACACAGACCUCGGCUCCAACGCCCAGAUCCACUUCUCCUUCUCUAAUCAGAUCUCCUCAUCCACCAAGAGGCAUUUUGCCAUAGACAGCACCACCGGGCUGAUCACUGUCAAGCAGCCUUUAGACCGGGAAUCCACCCCAGUCCACAAACUCAUCGUCCUAGCCAGCGACGGUAGCUCCACCCCAUCCAGAGCUGCUGUUAUCGUCAACGUAACGGACAUUAAUGACAACGUUCCGUCCAUAGACACUCGGUACAUAAUGAACCUUGUAAAUGGAACGGUUCUACUGUCAGAGAACGCUCCUCUCAACACAAAAAUAGCCCUAAUUACAGUGACGGACAAGGACGCUGAUCUGAACGGAAAAGUGACUUGUUAUACUGACCACGAUGUUCCUUUCAGGUUAAAGCCAGUAUUUAAUGACCAGUUCCUGCUGGAGACUGCGGCCCCCCUAGAUUACGAAACAACCAGGGAAUAUGCAAUUAAGAUAGUGGCGUCGGAUUCGGGGAAGCCUCCUUUGAACACUUCAGCGAUGGUUUUAAUUAAAAUUAAGGAUGAGAAUGACAACGCUCCCAUCUUCCCUCAGCCUGAGAUUCAGCUGUCCAUACCAGAAAACAAUGAUCCAUCCACGCAGCUCAUAAAGAUCAGUGCCAUGGAUGCAGACAGCGGACAUAAUGCGGAGAUUAUUUAUUCUCUUGGCCCUGACGCUCCUGAUGGGUUUAACAUAGAUCGACGGUCAGGAAUCCUCUCCGUUGGCAAACGCCUGGAUAGAGAGAAGCAGGAGAAGUAUUCGUUCACUGUCAUGGCAAGGGACAAUGGGUCUACUUCCCUGCAGAGCAAUGUCACAGUGAGGUUGAUAGUGCAGGACCUCAACGACAACAGCCCAGCUUUCACCCAUCCUGAGUAUAACUUCUACGUGCCUGAGAACCUGCCUCUGUACGGGACCGUGGGUCUGAUCACCGUCACAGAUUCUGACGCAGGUGACAACUCUGUCAUAACACUGUCCAUUCUGAACGGGAAAGACAAUUUCAUUAUUGAUCCCCAGACCGGUGUGAUCAAACCCAACAUCACAUUUGAUAGAGAGCAGCAAAGCUCAUACACUUUUAUGGUGAAGGCUAUAGACGGAGGGCAACCACCCAGCACUUCAUACGCCAAGGUCACCAUAAAUGUUGUGGAUGUCAAUGACAAUCGACCCAUUUUUGUUAUUCCCUCGUCCAACUACUCUUACGAUCUGGUCCAGUCUACCACCAGCCCUGGGUCUGUGGUCACCAGAGUGUUCGCUAUAGACAAUGACACUGGCAUGAAUGCUGAGCUGCAGUACAGUUUCAUUGGGGGAUCACCAAGAGGACUGUUUGCCAUAGACAAAACAACUGGUAAUAUAACUCUGCAGGAGAAGAUAGUCUCAGCCGAUCAGGGUUUACACAGGCUAGUGGUGAAAGUCAAAGACCUGGGUCAGCCAGAGUCCUUACACGCAAUCGCCCUCAUUCACCUGUUCAUUAACGAGACUGUAUCCAACGCUACAUUCAUUCAAGAGCAGCUACGUAAGAGCUUGGAGACUCCAUUGGAUCGUAACGUGGGAGACAGUGAGGUCACACCCCAAGCCAACGGAUACGUGAUUGUUGUCAUCGCUAUUAUAGCUGGGACUAUGACAGUCAUCUUAGUCAUCUUCGUGACGGCCUUGGUGCGCUGCCGUCAGACGCCCAGACACAAAGUGGUGCAGAAGGGCAAGCAGAGCGGCGAGUGGGUGUCGCCCAACCAGGAGAACCGUCAAAUCAAAAAGAAAAAGAAGAAAAAGAAGAGAUCUCCAAAGAGCCUCCUCUUGAACUUUGUCAGCAUAGAAGAAUCCAAGCCUGAUGAUCCCAGCCAGGAGCACAUUAAUGGAACCCUGGACCUGCCUGUGGAGCUAGAUGAGCAGACCAUGGGGAAAUACAACUGGGCCACUACGCCGACCACCUUCAAACCUGACAGCCCAGACUUGGCCAAGCAUUACAAGUCUGCUUCCCCCCAGCCAACCUUCCAAAUCAAACCAGAGACCCCGAUGGCGCCCAAUAAACACCACGUGAUUCAGGAGCUCCCGCUAGACAACACGUUUGUGGUGGGCUGUGACUCGCACUCCAAGUGCUCCUCCACCAGCUCAGACCCGUACUCGGUCUCAGAGUGCAGCUGUCAGGGGGGAUUCAAGACUCCUGGGCAAAUCCACACCAGACAGGAGACGGUACUGAAACCACCACUCUAUGACACACUCUGUGGCUCAGGUACAACUCGCUGCCACAGGAUAAAAAUCAAUCUCUAGCUGCCAGUACCUAGAGAGAGAAAGAGAGAGGGAGAGAGAGAGGGAGGAAGGCACAGAUGAAGAGGUGAAUCUCAUACUAUACAGUCUCUACAGCCUCAAAACACCAACCAACAAAAAAAAAAGGAAUAUGUUAAUUUGGUUUAUUUUAUUUUUUGUUUGCCCCCAAAAAAAAGUAGAAUUUGAAUACAUUUUCACAGAAAUUAAGACACAUUGUUGCCUGCCUGAAACUUGACAAAACUCUCCUUGUGAAUCCUGUAGGAGGUUUGAAAUACUUUAUAGAAAGCCACCAUUUACAGUAUCUCUUGUUAUAUCUAUCUCCUAGACGAUGACUCACGAUAUGACCCACCCCAUGUAUAAAAAACAUACAGUACAAAUACAAUGAAUAUCUCUUCUGUACUUUAUUCUGUAAAGUAUAUGUUUAUAUGUAUUUAUGUAUAUUUAUCACAGAGUUGACUAUGUUUAUAUUUAUUGAUUCUGUUUACAUACCUGGUGUCUGUUGUUCUUUUGUUUUUUUCCUUGUUUGACUAAAGUUUGCAUACCUGGUGUCUGUUGUUCUUUUGUUUUUUUCCUUGUUUGACUAAAGUUUGCAUACCUGGUGUCUGUUGUUCUUUUGUUUUUUUCCUUGUUUGACUAAAGUUUGCAUACCUGGUGUCUGUUGUUAUUUAGUUUUUUUCCUUGUUUGACUAAAGUUUGCAUACCUGGUGUCUGUUGUUCUUUUGUUUUUGUCCUUGUUUGACUAAAGUUUACAUACCUGGUGUCUGUUGUUAUUUCGUUUUUUCCUUGUUUGACUAAAGUUUACAUACCUGGUGUCUGUUGUUAAGUUGUUUUUUCCUUGUUUGACUAAAGUUUACAUACCUGGUGUCUGUUGUUAUUUAGUUUUUUCCUUGUUUGACUCAAAUUUGACCUUCCUGGUGUCUGUUUUUAUGUUUUUUUUCCUUCCCCUUGCUUUAUAAUCCAUUGAAUUUGCUAUUUUUGGGCUUGCUCAUGGAUAUACUGACUGGCAAUGUAUACAUUUUUACAUUUACAUUUUAGUCAUUUAGCAGACGCUCUUAUCCAGAGCGACUUACAGUAGUGAAUGCAUACAUUUCAUACAAUUUCAUACAUUUUUUUUUUUUCUGUGCUGGCCCCCCGUGGGAAUCGAACCCACAACCCUGGUGUUGCAAACACCAUGCUCUACCAACUGAGCUACAGGGAAGGCUGUAUAAUGCCGCAAGCUAGACCUACUGUAAAUGGGCCUACUGCAAAUGGGUCUACUGCUGAUGGGCCUACUGCUGGUGGGCCUACUGCAAAUCGGUUCUACUGCUAAUGGGCCUACUGCUAAUGGGCCUACUGCAAAUGGGUCUACUGCUGAUGGGCCUAUUGCUGAUGGGUCUACUGCUGAUGGGCCUACUGCAAAUGGGCCUACUGCUGAUGGGUCUACUGCUGAUGGGUCUACUGCAAAUGGGCCUACUGCUAAUGGGUCUACGUGUGUGACUGUUUUGCCCAUGUCACCAUGUACCUUUAUGUCAAUGAUCGCCUCGGUUUGUCCCAUACACUUACAGUGCCACAGUUAGUGUUAGUAGUGAAGAGUGUGGCAGGUGUUAAUAUGCAUGGCCCACUGGACUGGAACACCACAUUGUGGUGAUUUACCAGGACCAGGAGGACCGUGUCUACUGAUUGCCACCGUAGGACAGUAGGGAAUUGUACCUCAUAAUAGAGAGGAUGAGUUUAAUACUUUGAGCUAAGCCACAAUCACAAGGGACCCGAAAGGCUCUGUUCAUAAUCAAAAGCUGUUCUAUGUAGGACUAAACAGAUGAGCACCAUGGUUUAACCUGAGUGUACUAGAGUCAGAUAGACAGAUUCACAGAUGAGCACCAUGGUUUAACCUGAGUGUACUAGAGUCAGAUAGACAGAUUCACAGAUGAGCACCAUGGUUUAACCUGAGUGUACUAGAGUCAGAUAGACAGAUUCACAGAUGAGCACCAUGGUUUAACCUGAGUGUACUAGAGUCAGAUAGACAGAUUCACAGAUGAGCACCAUGGUUUAACCUGAGUGUACUAGAGUCAGAUAGACAGAUUCACAGAUGAGCACCAUGGUUUAACCUGAGUGUACUAGAGUCAGAUAGACAGAUUCACAGAUGAGCACCAUGGUUUAACCUGAGUGUACUAGAGUCAGAUAGACAGAUCCCCACAAGUCAGAGCCGAUUUAACCUGUGAGAUAUAAUAUUACGUAUUUCAAAUGAUGGUUCCAAGUGGUAAAACUCAGGCAGUUCGUUGAUACCACUUGGUUGGUUUAAAGCAACAACAAAAAAAGACAAACUUGAUUUUGUGCACUUAUUUAUAUCAAUGCAUUAUUUAUCCAAGUGAAAUUAAGAGAGAUAAACAUUGAACACCUACAAUGAGUAGUGGUAGUACAAGCAACAUUCAGCAGGUUUCAAUUUAUUAACAUCAAUAAUGUGAAGACAGAAGAAUCUUUACAAUGCACUUUCAAUAUUACACGCCUUUUGGUUCUGGUUUGAUAUCCACACAAAUAUAUGCCUCUACUGCAUUGUGUAAACACUUGGAGUCAUUCAUCGUGGUUAUGUCCUGAUCUUAAUUACUAUCUUCAAUACUACACCAAUAAACAGCUUGUUGGGUUAUCACUGUUGUUAAUAGUCAUGAUGUUUAAUGGGUUGUCUUAUAAAGAGACUGCUUUGGUAGACGAGGCUGUAUGUACAGUAUGUGUGGCACAUAUACGAUACCUUCCUAAUGAUCCAAAUCGUUUCUGGAGGAGGUACCGGAUGUAAUUACGGUAUCAAAUGUAUUACUACUGAGUAGAACCGCAGUGUGAACUAUACAGAGCAUCUUAGCACUGCAAUUGUCAUUUGAUUUAACUGAUCUUUGGGAGAAAAGAGAAAAAACGCAUACAUGAGAGAAGACAGCUUUUUAUCUUCUGUAAGGGAGACAGAUGACUAUGAAAUUCCAACCUUACUUUUAUUCAAUGUGAAGUACAAUAUGCUCCUUACAUACUCUGUAAUUAACUUUGAUUUGCCAAUUAUGUGAAGAUAAACUGUAUAUAAAUGUUUUGUUUAUGUAUGUGUGAGCUUCUGGAAUUUAUUAAAGUCUUUUUGCAUUGUAUUGC